AUGGCUGCCAAAGAGUCGAGCUCUGCUUCUUCAACGGAUGCUAAAAUCAAAAGGGUGCUCACCCAUGGUGGUCGAUACGCGCAGUACAAUGUGUUUGGGAACUUGUUUGAGGUCUCUAGCAAGUACGUGCCUCCCAUUAGGCCUAUUGGUAGAGGUGCAUAUGGCAUUGUCUGUGCGGCUGUCAAUGCAGACACACAUGAGGAAGUUGCAAUUAAGAAGAUUGGUAAUGCAUUUGACAAUAUAAUAGAUGCCAAAAGGACCUUAAGAGAAAUCAAGCUUCUUCGCCACAUGGACCAUGAAAAUGUUAUUUCCAUCAAGGACAUUGUACGACCACCAAAAAAAGAGACCUUCAAUGACGUAUACAUUGUUUAUGAACUAAUGGAUACCGAUCUUCAUCAGAUCAUUCGGUCUGACCAACCACUAACAGAUGAUCAUUGUCAGUACUUUCUGUAUCAGCUGUUACGAGGACUAAAAUAUGUGCAUUCAGCCCAUGUCUUGCACCGUGAUCUGAAGCCAAGUAAUUUGUUUCUUAAUGCUAACUGCGACCUUAAAAUCGGAGAUUUUGGACUAGCAAGAACAACAACUGAGACAGAUUUCAUGACUGAGUAUGUUGUCACUCGUUGGUAUCGAGCACCAGAGUUGCUACUUAAUUGUUCAGAGUACACUGCUGCAAUUGAUAUCUGGUCUGUUGCUUGCAUACUUGGCGAAAUCAUGACCAGAGAACCUUUGUUUCCUGGGAAAGAUUAUGUCCAUCAGCUGAGGCUUAUCACAGAGUUAAUAGGUUCACCUGAUGAUGCUAGCCUUGGGUUUCUUCGAAGCGAUAAUACCCGAAGAUAUGUAAAACAGCUUCCACAAUUCCGGAGGCAACAAUUUGCUGCUAGAUUCCCUAAUAUGUCUCCUGGGGCUGUGGAUUUGCUAGAGAAAAUGCUCGUGUUUGAUCCCAAUAGACGCAUUAGUGUUGACGAGGCACUUUGUCACCCAUACUUGUCGUCCCUUCAUGAUAACAAUGAUGAGCCCGUCUGUUCCAGGCCCUUCCAUUUUGAUUUUGAGCAACCAUCGUGCACUGAAGAUCAUAUCAAAGAGCUCAUAUGGAGAGAAACAGUGAAGUUCAAUCCAGAUCCAACCCACUAA